AUGUUCCCCCAUCUGUUUUCCGGCAUGCGGCGCACAUCGAUCAGUACCAUUGCCAUCCGGCCAGCGAUGCAAGACAGGAGGGCAGUGGACGUCGCCCUGUAUCCUGGACUCCCUGUCUGCAUGGACCUGUUCAAUGACGACGGUAUAGAUCGUCGUCCGGCGAGCGAGGUGUGGAGCCCGUUCGCCCUGGUUCCUCCACGGCCGUCGUUGCCCUACGAUGACCUUCACUAG